GGAAGAGGAAAAUAACGUCGCUCCCAAAAUCGUCUCUUCAGUGCUGCACUCAGCGACGCCAGCUGAGUUCUUUCACCGCAUGGCUGGCGACUUCCAGCAAUUGCAGAACGCCGACAAAAUGGAUCACGACGAACUGAAGCGCAGGCAUUUCUUCGGCGUGCUUGUGAACUUGGACGAAGCGUACGACCUACUCCAAGCCUUCGGGCUUUUGUCCGACGAGCAGAAGGCGUCCAGCAAGGGCGGGAGGAACGCCGUCAACCCGCACCAGUCUGCUUUCAACAAGUUAGCGCAGUACGGCCAGGCGUCCCGGUCGACGAAGUCGUGCGGGUCCUACGGCGCCGCGGCGGCGCCGACGGUGUCUGUCGGCAUGACCGGGAACAUGCAUCCCAGCCAGUACGUGCCCAUGGAGAGGGGGGAGUCUGGCAGCCAUUUCGCCCACACGAAGGAGCGGCUCAUGGUAGCGACAGGCCGGCCGGUGCAGCCGCACGAAGCGCUCCCCGCGGACUUCGCCCCCCCGACCGGCCACUCGUCUUGGACGUGGGUCCCCCUGCUGCCAGACAUCGCGGACGCACUCGGAUUGGGGGAGGGGGCGGCGAGUCCCGAGGCCGCGGAGAGGCUGUGGGAACGUCCGACUGAUGGCCUACCCGCGCUGGAUGCCGCGGCAGAAGUCGACGAGCGGUUCCGCCCAGACGCGAACGGCUACGUGGUCACGCUGCCAGACGGCGUGGAGACGAGAGUGCGCUUCCGCUUGGCAUCUGACGCAACGUCGGGUUUCGAGGCAGAAUGGCGGAUCGCCAACCGCAGCUUUCCCACUCCUGCCGCGUACGAGUUGCAGAAGUGCUGCGCCCGCGUCCUCACGCAUUUCAACGAGCCCCACCGCGUCCUCACCCUGACCGACCGGGCGGACGUUACAUUCAAGUCGUACAUGGGCUGCUUCAACGUCCAGGCGGCGACGAAGCGCGACAAGAAGGACAUCGAGGGCGCCGCGCGCAUGGGCUGCGCGCCGUGGCAACUGGGACAGAUCGCAGGGGCCCUGUGCGUAUUCGACAUCUUCCACGGCCGCUACGACGAGACCCCAGUGUACCAGGGCAGGACCAUCCAGGUUAUGCCCGAGCACAUUAAGCGGGCCGCUAGCUUACUGUCCGCGGUGGACCGCCUCAAAGCGAUCGCGGCGGGCGGAGACGCAGCGGCGACUUGCCCUCCCGGCAUGGACGAGGCCGCGAUGAUGAGGCUCCAGAUGGAGAGUUACAUCGGCACGGAGGAGGCCCCGCAGCCCUUCGACGGCCUGUGGUCCCAGAACGCCUUCGCAGGCGACGCGGCGACGCCUAGCGGCAACCAUCUUGAGGCAUCUGCAGUGGAGGAGGAGGAGGCUGCGGCCCCUGCGAGCUCCACUCGCGACGCCUUGCUCACGAUGAAGGACGUCCGGUCCAUUGAAUACGGGUACGGACUCCAGGGAUCUUCGGUGCAGGAGACGUUGCUCGCGCCUCAGUGGACGGACCGCGCCGUGAUGCAGAAAACGCUCCUCGUUGGGACCCCAGUGAUUGACCGCAGGUCUGCCGCGCAACGCAUCAUGACUUCCCGUGCGGGUGGGGGGAGACGCAAGACCAUUGAUGCAGAGAGAUGGGCGCGCGUCAUGAAGGCAGGCCUCGCGGGUUGCUCCAUUGCCCAGUUUGACGAAGAGGGGUGCAAAGUGAAAAUGACUCCAGUUCCAGAUGACGUGGCCUUGCGCCACAAGUACCACAAUGAGCUCAUGACCUUGUGCGGCAUUACGCUCCGCCAACUGGUGGAAGCCAUGCAGUCCGCCAAGAAGGCCGCCGAGCAGCGCGGCCGGGCCGGCCCGAGAGAGCCUCAUCCAAAUAAGAAGGCCAACAGGGCGGUGGCUGAGCGGAGUCGCAGCCGUUCGCGGCAGCAGGAUGCCCGCGAGCGCAGUUGA